CGUAGCGGGCGGGCGGUGCUGGGAUGGCGGCGGGCCCGGUGGUGUUGCUGGGCCUGCGGGAUGCCGCUAUAGUGGGGCCGUGCCGAGGGAGCGGGCAGGACCCUGCCUGGGCUGCCAGCAAGCUGGGCGGCUCCGCGGACUGGGUGCCGUCCGUGCGAGCGGCCGCGCCGCGGUGCGGGGUGUGCGGACGGCUGCUGGCGCAGCUGGUGCAGGUGUACUGCCCGCUGGAGGGGUCUCCCUGCCACCGCCUCGCCAACGUGUUUGCCUGCACCGGGCCCGGCUGCGCGGGAGACGCCCGCAGCUGGAAGGUACUGCGCUCCCAGUACUUGCAGACACAAGAAAAGGAAACGCAAGAUUACAGUGUAAAACAGAAACAAGAAUCACAUUUCACUCCAAAGGAUUGGUGUGAUGAAGCAGAUGACUGGGGAGUCUCUGAUGGAGCAGAAACUCCUGCAUGUACCUCCCUUCAGCUGCUUGGCUUAAAUGAAGCAGUGAGCAGCUCCUUGUCCAGAGAGGUGGAGUGUGCAUCCCAGCUCCAACACCUUUGCUUGUCUGAGGCUGUGGAUUCAGGUUCCCUGAAUACACAUUCUCCAGUCAGUGAGAGAAUGGUAGUGGAAACAUCUGGUUCAGCUCCUGUGUUUCAGCCCUUUUACAUUAGUGUUGUGGAUGAGGAAGACUACAUUGGUUUCCUUGAUACAGAUCAUGCAGACAGGCUAUUCAAGGAGUAUCAGCAGAGAGAGGGUGUUGAUUUGGAGCAGCUGAUGUCAGAAAGUUUUGCCGGUGAAUGUGGCAAUGAAAAAUAUGAGAAGAGUGAAGUCAAAAGCAGGGACCACAGAUUCCAUAAAUUUAUGAAAAGAAUAUCUUUGUGUCCUGAACAGAUUCUAAGAUACUCCUGGGGUGGCCAGCCUUUAUUCAUCACAUGUCCUCCAGGCAACUUUACGAGAUGUAUUCCAGCCUGCAGUAACUGUGGAAGCAACAGAAUAUUUGAAUUUCAACUCAUGCCAGCACUGGUCAGCAUGCUACAGAGUGAUUCAGGUUUGUCAGUGGAAUUUGGAACUGCUCUUGUUUACACAUGUGAGAGAAACUGUUGGCCAACAGAUCACCACACCCCUCUUGAAGAAUUUAUAUUUGUACAAGAAGACCCAGAUCAGAGAUUAUUUAAAUAAAUUGUAUUUCUCUGCCUAAAUGAAAAAUCUGGUGAUUUGGUUUUG